AUGACUUUCACUCUCGUACCCUUCCCUCCUUCGCCUGACGGCUCUGUUGAUGAGAAUCCAUCAGCAGGCUUCUUCAAGGCUCCAUCCACCGCGCAUGCAGCUUUCAACAAUGGAUCAGUUACUCCUCCUCAGGACGAAAAGUUUCUAAAAGCUCAUACUCGCCUGUCCCAAUCAUCGGUUCCUCACGUCCGCGGGCCACACGUCUUGAAAUCUGUUGUGGCAGUGAUCGGCGUCGGUUACGUGGGCCAUGAACUUGUCACGGCCUUUUCCCAAGUCUACCCCGUCGUGGCCUAUGAUGUUGAUCGGCGCCGUCUCGACCAUCUCAAAGAGACGGCCGCUCAUCCAAACAUCCGAUACACCAGCAACCCAAGUGAUAUUGCAGAGGCAACCCACUUCCUAAUCUCCGUUCCCACGCGGCUGCACCAUGACAACACCGUCGACACACAACAUCUCGAGAGUGCCAUCUCCCUCGUCGCUGAACAUGCCAGGAUAGGCUCAACGGUGAUCAUUGAGAGCUCGGUCGCAGUGGGCAUGACUCGCCAGCUCAUCCAAGAUGUGAUGCGUUCCAAGGGUCUGAAGGCGGGCAUGUCCCCCGAACGUGUAGAUCCCGGUCGGGUAAUCCCUACCUUCGAGACGAUUCCCAAGGUCAUCUCAGGCCUCGACGAUAUCACCCCUGGUUCCUUGGCCAGCAUCCACGAGUUGUACCAGGAAGUCUUCCAACAUCUGGUCCAUGUGUCCUCGCCCGAGGUAGCCGAAAUGACCAAAUUAUACGAAAAUUGUCAGCGUAUGGUCUGUAUUGCCUAUGCAAACGAGAUGGCCGACGCAUGUCACGCCAUCGGGAUCAACGCUUUGGAGGUCUCCGCGGCUGCCGCCACCAAACCAUUCGGGUACCAGCCCUAUUCGCCCGGCCUUGGUGUUGGCGGACACUGUAUCCCGGUCAACCCAUACUAUCUCCUCACGAAUUCACAAUUUCCUCUGCUCCAGGCAGCCGCAGAGAAAAUGGCUGACAGACCAGCCAGAAUGGGUGACCGGGUGAUGCGAAAGUACCUCAAACAGAGUAAAGCUACCAACGGAGGGGAUCGUGCUCGCAUUUUGGUGGUGGGCGUGGGUUUCAAGCGUGGACAAUCUGUGCUGAGCAACUCUCCAGGACUCUCACUCAUCCGCCACUUGCUUUCGGAGUGGGAGGCCUAUGUUGCUUUUGCAGACCCCUUGGUGUCAGCUGACGCUGUGCCUUUUGUUCCCAGACUGGACGAUACAACGCGAUGGAACAAGAAGGGUCUAGAAGAGUUCGAUAUCGUCAUUGUCGCAGUGGAUCAAGUGGGUUUAGAUCUGGCAGUCCUGGACGGGCUCGAAGGUGUAAUGGUGGAGAACUUUGUCACUUCUUGUUAA